AUGAGUAUAGAAAAAGAUUGUUUAAUAAUUUUUGAUGAAAAAGAAGAAAUACCUUUUCAAAUAGAAAUAGAAGAUUAAAAAAAUAAAUAAUACCUUACAUACCCACUAUCACUUGAUAAAUUUGAUAUAAUACGAUUCAUUUCUAAAACACAAAAAUAUUAGCUUAUCAAAAAAAUAGAAUAUAUGAAAAAAUAUAUUGAGAUAGUUGAACAACCAUUGUAGUUUACAUAAAAAAUAAACCAAAAUCUAGAAAAUUAUUUACCUGAUGUAAUGUUUGGCCCUAAAUCACUCUAACCUAAUGCAGGAUAAUAUGGAUUUCUAAAAGAAUAUUAGACUUAAGUAUUAUAGUAAAGUUAAGCAUAAAUUAGCUUUGAAUAAAACACAACUAAUAUUCCUGGAUCAAAUGUAGCAAUAUUAAUUUAUAAAGGAGAAACUUAUAAAAGUUUAACUAAUUAAUUAUAGAAGUAUAGCAAUGAAUAAACAAAAGUAAAACCUAUAAUAUUAAUAAAUGGUAAAUCUGCAUUUAAAAAAUUAAUGAGAUCUAAUGAAGCAUUAUUCUUAGAUUUUUAUUAAACUAAAUACGUUCCAUUUUAAUAGAAAUUUAUGACUUCUAAUCAUCAUUCCAUCUAUUUCUAAAUUGAAAAUGAAAUAGGAUAUUUUUUUGUUUUUGGCAGAUAAUUAGAGUAAUUAGAUUUAAUUAAAUGGAUUUAUUAAGGGAUACUAAAAUUAAUUUAACCAAAGUUUGUUGUGAUUGCAUCUAGUAAUGAUGUUUUUCUUGAAAAUAUUAAUAUCUUAUAACUCUUUACAAUUUUAGAGAAUGAUAAAUAUUUUGGAAUUUCAUGUUUGAAAAAAAUUAAAUAUAAUGGGAGAUUUUGGAAUAGUUAAUAAGGAGAUUUUGCAGAUAUUGCACUUAAAUUAGAUUCCAUGUUUAAAAUUAAAUAGUUUCAUAAUCCUCUCUCUUGUAUAUAUGAAUGGUCUAGAAUUGAACCUAUAAUAAAUGAUUAUAUACGUAAACUUGAGAGUGAAUAUUUUACUAAUUCUUGGGCAUUAGGAUAUAAUUCAAUAUUACCUAGAAUUAUGAUUGAAUAUUCAGGUAAAGAAUUAAAAAUUAUAACAAAUUACAUUAUCGAAUAGUAAUUUUCUGAAAAUUAAUUUGAAAUUGUAUUUAAUUAAUUUUGUGAAUACCAAUAAAAUAUCAACAAUUAAUUAAGGAAAUGCAGAUUUCAUUUAUUUAAGAAUGUUUUCCAAUGGAUUAUUUCUAAAAUCUAAGUUUUAUAUAAUUACUUUGGGAUUUCAAUUUGUAAUUUAUUUUUAAAUAAAAUUAGGUUUUUUCUUUUCCUUUUAAUGUCCAUAUUAACUCAUCUAUAACUUAUUUGAGGAAUCAAUUGGAUAUACUGCUUUGGCUGUUAUACUACCAAUUUUCUAUACCAUUAAUGUUUUAUUAUUCCUAUUACUAACAUAACUAUAUCAUUUUAAUGACAAAAUCAUUGAAAAGGGUUAUGAUUAAGAAAUUGUCAUGAUGGCUUAAAAAAAUUAAAAACAGGAAUUUUUAUUUCAAACUUCAGUAAGUUCUUUAAAUAUUGAUGUAUUAUUCACCAAAGAAUAUGAUAAGUAAAAUGAAAUUAAUUUUGAAGUUUAAGAGGAUGAAUAUGUUAAGAAUACUUCUUAUUCUAUGGAUAAUGAAUUGCUAUAAAAAGAUGAACUUUAUUUUUUGUAUAAAUUUCCUCAAUUAAAAUACAUAAGUGUUUAUAUUAAUUAUUUAAUUGAUACUUAAAAUUAUUUAGAUUUUGGAGUAACAGCAUUUAUUUUUGCAAAUUUAAUAAUCAUACAUGGUAAGAUAUUACUAACUGAAUAAUCAAAUUAUGAAAUAAUUUUAUUAAUUUUUGUACUUUUUGUAUUGAUUUUUCAAUUAACUACAAAAAAAUUAGGAAUAGGUUGGAUUUUUGUCAAAUUUUCCAUGAUAACUUAUUUUUGGUAAUUUCUUUAAGUAUCUAAAUAAGUAACAUCAGCUCCAUAGAGAAGUAUUGAAAAGAGAAAAUUAGGUACAUAAUUAAUGUUGAAUUUUAUUCUCUUUUAUACUUUUAUUGCAAUUGAAUCUUACUAUAAUUAUUCUGGUUAUAUUUUGAUAGGAGUCUUUGGAUAUUUGGCAUUAGUGUAUAUAAUUAUAGGUGUUUUUGCAUUUAUUUAAUAUAUUUGCUACAAUUCAUCCAUUCCAAAAGAAAAAAAAAUUUGGGAAGGGUAGAAUUUUGUUGAAAAUUACACCUUAAAUCAUAAAUUACACUAAGAUGCUAAUCAUAUCCUAGUUGAAAAUACUAGAAAGCUUGUUGCAGAUACAACUUAAGGCAAAAAAGCCCAGUAAUUAAUGCUGUAAACUUAACUUAUGAAUGACUAAGGUUAUAUAAAUUUAACUAAUACAAUAAGGAUAUAAAUUAAAGAGGAAUUAGAAAAACAUUAUAAUGUAACUUAAUUUGAUUUGAAUUAAAUAAAGAAAUUAGCAGAAACAGCGAUUAUUUAAUAAAUUUAAGCUCAAUAUAAAGAUUAAAAAAAUUAAAAUUUAAUUAAGAAAGCAGAGGAUACUACUCAAACUUAGUAAGGGAUAUAAUAAAAUUAGAAUGAAAAAUAGUAAUAGUAGAAUUCAAAACUAAAUUAGGAUUUAUUAAAUUCAUGUAAAUAAAGUGAUAUUAAAAAGAUUGAUUCAAAUAUAUAAAAAUUAAGUGAAAUCAAAUAGGAGGAUAUGUUGGAAAGUAAUCGCAAUAAAUUUAAUUAAUUUGGAUAGUCAAAAAAAUGA